AUGGCCAGUCAACGCGUCGACGCGAAGGAGGUUGCAGACUUGAACACUGUCAUGGGUCGCAACCUUCAGACAUGGCCUGGCGCGCGCGACAUUGAGAUACAAGAAGCCACCCUGAAUGCUGAAGCUCGCCAUCAAGAUGCAAGGCACACACACGACAAGCCAAGCCAGCCUGCUCUCGCCCGCGUACUUUCGCGUCGAUCGGCAGCUUCCUUCGACCCAGGCCCCGCUCCCGAUGGUGGCCUCACAGCUUGGACCCAAGUCCUAUGCACGCACCUAACUAUCCUGACCACCUUUGGCUUCUUCACGUCAUUCGGCGUGUAUCAGACCUACUACGAAAACACACUCGGCAUAGCUUCUUCGACCAUUUCCUGGAUUGGAUCGCUUCAGGUAUUCCUUCUCUUCUUCCUUGGCACUUUUACAGGCCGUGCUACGGACGCUGGACUUUUUCGCCCGGUCUACAUCGCUGGUGCGUGCUUUCAGCUACUCGGUAUCUUUACCUUGGCGGAGAGCAAAAGUGUUUGGCAUGUCUUUCUCUCUCAGGGCGUAUGUCUGGGAAUUGCAAAUGGGUUGCAAUUCUGUCCGUCCAUGGCCCUUGUCUCCACUUACUUUGUCAAGCGUCGUGCUUUUGCGCUGGGCUUCACAGCGCUGGGGUCCUGCACUGGGGGCGUCAUAUUCCCGGUUAUUGUGCAGCAAUGUCUCCCCAGCUUAGGCUUUCCAUGGACGAUACGCAUCAUCGGCUUUAUCAUGUUGCUCAUGAAUGCCAUCACCAUCGGCUUGUACCGUACCCGGCUCCCUCCCAGGAAAAGCGGUCCAUUGGUCGACUGGGCGAGCUUCACGGAACUGCCAUAUGCUCUGUACUGUGCUGGUGCCUUUUUCAGUUUCUGGGGGUUGUAUUUCGCUUUCUUCUACAUUGGAAGUUAUGCGCGAAAUGUUCUUGGUGCCAGUUACCAGCAAAGUAUCAAUCUGCUUCUCGUGCAAGUAUGCAUGGGGUUUAUCUUUCGCCUACUGCCGACCUACUAUGCCGACAAGGUUGGUGGGCUUAAUGUUCUUAUACCGUUCGCGUUUGUCUGUGGUAUCAUGAUGUUCGUAUGGAUUAGAAUUAACUCCAUCGUCACCCUGUACAUAUUUGCUGUCAUAUAUGGAAGCGGGAGCGCCGUUAUCCAGGCGCUUUGGCCUGCGGUAAUCGGAAGUAUGAGUCAGGAGAGAGAUCUGAAGAAGUCUGGGGUGAGGAUGGGCAUGGCCUUCACCGUGGUGAGUAUAUCGAGUUUUACAGGUCCGCCACUAGCUGGAGCGAUCAUCCAGAGCCACAAUGGCAACUACACGUAUGCGAAUGUUUGGGCGGGUCUGUCUUUCUUUGUAGGAGGGUGUCUUUUACUUGCUACUAGGGUGUCGCUGGUAGGCUGGGACUGGAAGGCAAAAGUCUAG